CACAAACGCACCCUUGCUUCCUUCCAUCCCUUUCCCCUCAUUUUAUUCCCUUCAAAAUCCCGACUCUCCUAAUCUCACUCACUCUCUUUUCUUUUUAUUUUCCUUUGUUCGAAUUUCUCAUCAUUUCUUUAUUUUUGGUGGGAUUUUGCGUUAGUAAUGAAACCUCCAAACAUGGCAACCAUCACAGAAUCUUUGGAGAGGUCUUUACAAAACUGUUCUUUGAACAACGAGAUAAGAAGCAGCAGCGGAGGCAGCGCUGAAAACGGAAUAAUACGGCGGUCUUCGACAUCAGCUGAUAACAACCUUCCAAACACCGUUUCUGACACUAGCUUGGAGCUCAAAUCCCAUCUCUCUCUUCCUUACCAUUGGGAACAAUGCCUUGAUCUAAAGACAGGUGAGAUUUACUACAUAAACUGGAGGAACGGAACGAAAGCAAGAGAGGAUCCAAGGACAGCAGCUGAGUACAGCAGAGAUUUCUACUCAGAAGAAGAGGAUGAUGAUGAUAGUUCAUACGACAGUGAGGACUCAUCAACGGAGUCAUCUCCUUCUUCUUCAAGAGAAAGAGGGCAUUACAACAAGAACAACUACAUUCGGGUGGAUAAAGACAAAGACAAUGUAUUGGUUGUGGCUGGCUGCAAGAGCUGUCUUAUGUAUUUCAUGGUCUCCAAGCAAGUUGAAGAUUGCCCCAAAUGUAAUGGUCAACUUCUUCACUUUGAUCGAUCCGAAAGUAGCUCUCCAUGAACCAGAUUUGCCGUAUCUGUCCUCUCUCCCCCUUUUCUCUACUAGCUUUUCUUUUCUUUUUUGAAAGAUUGAUUGUGGAAUGAUGAAAUAUUAGACGGAUUAAUAUUAAUAGUUGAAGCUGUGAUUCUUCCACUUCUUUUCUCUUUUUAUUUCUUUUUCUCCCGUGUUUUGCGUUUGUUUUGGGGGUCGUUGAAUUGAAGUCCCACCAGUUAUGAGUCGUAUGCUACCCGUGGUUGUGACUGUGACGGUGGCUUGGUCAA